ACCUACAACCCAUGUCGGGUGGCCUGUCCGUCCUUGAUGGCGCGGGAGGAGCGAUGAGCGGCGCCCUGCGUUCGGUUCGGAAGGGCAUCUCGUGUCGGUUCCAGGACCCGAACUGCACGCGCAUCGUGGAGACGCCUUCCUCCUGGAGCGACACGGUGGUCAAUGAGUACCCGCUGGUGGACCUGCCGUCUGUUACCACCUCUGUGGCCAUGGUGCAGGAGGCCUCUCGCCACCCCUUCCCCACUGUGGAUGUACCUGACCAUGUCCAUUACACCAUAGGGGCAGUCAUACUGGCUAUCGGCAUCACCGGCAUGGUGGGCAACUUUCUGGUUAUCUAUGCCUUCAGCAGGAGCAGGUCACUGAGGACUCCGGCCAACAUGUUCAUCAUUAACCUGGCCAUCACUGACCUCCUGAUGUGCCUCACACAGGCACCCAUCUUCUUCACCACCUCCAUGCAUAAGAGAUGGAUCUUCGGAGAGAAAGGCUGUGAGCUGUAUGCAUUCUGUGGGGCUCUAUUUGGGAUCUGCUCUAUGAUCACUCUGAUGGUGAUAGCAGUGGACCGCUACUUUGUGAUCACACGUCCGCUGGCCUCCAUCGGGGUGCUGUCCAAGAAACGAGCCCUACUCAUCCUCAUGGCUGCCUGGGUCUACUCAUUGGGAUGGAGCCUGCCACCUUUCUUCGGCUGGAGCGCCUAUGUUCCAGAGGGCCUGUUGACCUCCUGUACAUGGGACUAUGUGACCUUCACCCCAUCAGUGCGUGCCUACACCAUGCUGCUCUUCACCUUUGUCUUCUUCAUCCCCCUCAUCGUCAUCAUGUACUGCUACUUCUUCAUCUUCAGAGCCAUACGUACAACUAACAGGGCUGUAACCAAGAUCAACUGCACUGGGAGCACCAGAGACUCAAUUAAGAGUUUCCGUCGGUUGAAGAAUGAGUGGAAGAUGGCUAAGAUUGCUCUUAUAGUCAUCCUCCUCUAUGUAAUCUCUUGGUCCCCAUAUUCCGUUGUGGCCCUGACCGCAUUUGCAGGGUAUGCAGAUUUUCUGACCCCCUACAUGAACUCAGUUCCUGCUGUGAUCGCCAAGGCUUCAGCCAUUCACAACCCCAUCAUCUAUGCCAUCACCCACCCCAAGUACAGGAUGGCCAUAGCCAAGUACAUCCCGUGUCUGGGGGUGUUGCUGUGUGUACGUAGACGUGACCUGCGCUCCACCAAUAGCAGCUUCAUGUCCACCCGACGCUCCACUGUCACCAGCCAGACCUCCGACAUCAGCGAUCGCUUACGCCGCACCAGCACCGUCAAGUCCCGCCUCUCCUCCGCCUCCGACAGCGAAUCAGGCUGGACAGAUACGGAGGCUGACCUCUCCAGUAUGGGCUCCAGGCCGGCUAGCCGCCAGGUGUCCUGUGAUAUCAGCAAGGACACAGCCAAGCUCCCAGCCAUCAAGCCUUACAGCUCCUCCAGCUUCAACUCCAAGAUGAAGAGCCACGACUCUGGCAUUUUUGAGAAGAGCUCUUAUGACAUUUCCAUGACAGGCAUAGGUCACAGAGACUGCAGCUUGCCUCUAGCUGCAGGUGAUUCGUCAGAAGUCAUCGUAACGAGAGGAAUGAUUGGCCAGAUUCCCAGCAUCGUCAUCACCUCUGAGACCAGCCUCUCCCCACCUGUCCUUAGGGCCAGUUCCCAUGGUUCCCGUACAAGGCCAUCCAAUGGCAGUAUAGAUGUGGGGUCUGUUAAUAAGGAGCCACAGGAGAGUGUCCAGCAGAGGUCAACACUUCCCUCUAACUCCUUUAACAGUGACGCCUCUACACCACUCAUCUGAUCACAACCUCCCCCAAUUUUUAUGUACAAUACAUUAUAAAUUAUAGUAAAUGCCAGGGUCUGUACUCAACAUGCAACUUUUCUACAAGUCAAGUUAACCCCCAUGUGAAUACUCUUGCUGUAUGUUCUUUACUGAAAAGGUUUUGUUUUGUUGAUUUAUUAAUGUGGUACAACCAGGGCCGGCUCCAGGCAUAAGCGACGUAAGCGGUUGCUUAGGGGCCCCAGCCGCCAUUGGGCCACCGAACCAGGAACUCAUUUCAGGUCUCAACAUACUGUUCUCUACACCACAUAGCAAAAUGUGUAGGAAAAGUACUUUAAAACUAAAACAAUGUAUCUCCGUCAUCAACAGGGAGGCCACUCAAAUGUUUUGUCUGCAGGGGAGUCUCUUAUCACAUGGGAUUGGUUGUGUUGUCUGCUAAGCUUUCACCAGGUCCUCUUGAGUGAGCUACAAUCGUAAGGAAGUCCAUAAAGUCAGACAGCAGCCCAACUGUUUCAAACCCGUUUCAAACUUAUUUCAAACAUUUCCCCUAGCCCAGGUCCCCUCCUCAAAGAUCUGCUAGAGGCUGAAACAGAUUAAAUAGAACUGUUGUGUGAAGUAAUGCAGACAUUACUAAAAAAGGCAGAGCUGAGCUGGAAAUGGCUAUCUGAGGGAUCUAUCUUAGCUGGGAGACGCUGCCGUUCCAUGUAUGUUAACUAAUCCACAGCUAGCACACCUGAUUCAAAUUGUCAACUAAUCAUCACGCCAUUGACUAUGUGAAUCAGGUGU